CCGCAAGGACCCGAGGACCGCAGAGGGGCGAGUGGAGCGCGACGCUUCCACCCCAGAAUCCGUUUUCAAACCUUAGGGAGCCUUCUUUGCCAUUGAAAUGCAAAUCCGGUCCUGAGCUCCCGGGCCAAUCCGGGAGGCUUCCUGUGGGAUUACCUGGUGGCGAGCGAGCGCCGAGCCAGCGCCGAGCCAGCACCGAGCCAGCGCGGCCCCUCGGGUGCGGCGGGCGCGGGGUGGACUGCGCGGGCCCGGGCGGGACGAGAGGUGGGCGAGCGCCCCGCACCCUCGGCGCCCCGCGCGGGAUCAGCGUCCUCCAGCCGCGCUGCCCCGGCCCACCGUGAAGCUGUAGCCGGGGCGCGGUGGCGCGGUGGCUCAGGGCGCUGCUGGGCCGCCCAUUGUUGAGCGCGUUGGGCCCCGCCGGCGAUGCCCCGCGCCGCCUCCUCGGAGCGGCGGCGAAGUUUGAACUUGGCGUCGGCCUGGAGCCCCGAGCAUUCCGGGGGCGGCGGCCGCGAGGCGAGCGGCGAUGAGAUGUGUGCGCAGACCCAGGCCAUGCAGAUACUAGUGUCUCUAACUUCGUCAGCCCAGAACACCUCACCUCUGGCCCCCAGCACAGGAAAGCAGCGUGGUCAGGAGGGGUUAAACUUCGGCUGAAGCACAGGCGCAGUGAGCCUGCAGGCCGACCUCACUCGUGGCACACAACUAAAUCUGGGGAGAAGCAACCCGAUGCCAGCAUGAUGCAGAUAUCUCAGGGUAUGGUCGGCCCUCCUUGGCACCAAAGCUACCAUUCCAGCUCUUCUACUAGUGACCUCUCCAACUAUGACCAUGCCUAUCUAAGGCGGAGCCCUGACCAGUGCAGCUCCCAGGGGAGCAUGGAGAGCCUGGAGCCCAGUGGGGCAUACCCACCCUGUCAUCUUUCCCCUGCCAAGUCCACCGGCAGCAUUGACCAGCUCAGCCACUUCCAUAACAAGAGAGACUCGGCUUACAGCUCUUUCUCCACCAGUUCCAGCAUCCUAGAGUAUCCACACCCUGGCAUCUCUGCCCGGGAGCGUUCAGGCUCCAUGGACAAUACUUCUGCUCGAGGUGGCCUCCUCGAAGGGAUGAGGCAGGCAGAUAUUCGCUAUGUAAAGACAGUCUAUGACACCCGGAGGGGAGUCUCAGCAGAGUAUGAGGUGAACUCUUCAGCCCUGCUGCUUCAAGGUAGGGAGGCCCGAGCCUCAGCAGAUGGUCAGGGCUAUGAUAAAUGGUCUAAUAUUCCUCGGGGCAAGGGAGUGCCACCCCCAUCCUGGAGCCAGCAGUGCCCCAGUUCCUUGGAGACUGCCACCGACAACCUUCCUCCUAAGGUGGGUGUACCCCUGCCUCCAGCUCGGAGUGACAGUUACGCAGCAUUUCGGCACCGUGAGCGGCCCAGCUCCUGGUCUAGCCUUGAUCAGAAACGGCUCUGCCGGCCUCAGGCAAACUCUUUAGGCUCCCUGAAGUCUCCGUUCAUAGAGGAGCAGCUGCAUACUGUGCUGGAGAAGAGUCCAGAGAACAGCCCCCCAGUGAAGCCCAAGCAAAACUAUACCCAGAAGGCCCAACCUGGCCAACCUCUGCUGCCGACCAGCAUCUACCCCGUACCUUCCCUGGAGCCACACUUUGCCCAGGUGCCUCAGCCUUCUGUGAGUAGCAAUGGUAUGCUCUACCCUGCACUGGCCAAGGAGAGUGGAUACAUAGCCCCUCAGGGAGCAUGCAACAAGAUGGCUACCAUUGAUGAGAAUGGGAACCAGAAUGGAUCUAGCAGGCCUGGGUUUGCCUUCUGCCAGCCCUUAGAACAUGACUUGCUGUCCCCGGUGGAGAAGAAACCAGAAGCUACAGCCAAGUAUGUCCCCUCCAAAGUCCAUUUCUCUUCAGUGCCUGAAAAUGAGGAGGAUGCCUCCCUGAAGAGACAUCUCACACCUCUCCAAGGCAACAGCCCACAUUCCAAUGAGAGAAAGAGCACCCACAGCAACAAGCCAUCUUCUCAUCCCCACAGCCUCAAAUGCCCUCAGGCUCAGGCCUGGCAAGCGGGUGAAGACAAGAGAUCUUCCAGGCUCUCAGAGCCCUGGGAGGGCGAUUUCCAGGAAGACCACAAUGCCAACCUCUGGAGGAGGCUGGAGAGAGAAGGCCUAGGCCAGAGCCUGUCAGGCAACUUUGGCAAGACCAAGUCAGCCUUCUCAUCUCUCCAGAACAUUCCUGAGAGUCUGAGAAGACACAGCAGCCUGGAACUAGGCCGGGGAGCCCAGGAGGGUUACCCCGGGGGCAGGCCCACCUGUGCAGUCAACACCAAGGCAGAAGACCCUGGGAGGAAAGCAGCUCCUGACCUCGCGAGCCAUCUGGACCGGCAGGUUUCCUACCCGCGGCCCGAGGGGAGGACCGGUGCCUCGGCUUCUUUCAACAGCACAGACCCAAGGCCCGAAGAGCCGCCUGCCCCCUCUCACCCACACACAUCCAGUCUGGGCCGGAGGGGGCCCGGCCCAGGCAGCGCCUUGGCUCUUCAAGGCUUUCAGUAUGGGAAGCCCCACUGCUCGGUGCUGGAGAAGGUCUCCAAAUUCGAGCAGCGAGAGCAAGGGAGCCAGAGACCGAUUGUGGGCAGCUCCGGUUUUGGCCAUAACUAUAGGCCCCACAGGACCGUCUCAACUUCCAGUACUUCUGGGAAUGACUUCGAGGAGACAAAAGCACACAUCCGUUUCUCUGAGUCAGCUGAACCCCUAGGCAACGGGGAGCAGCACUUCAAAAACGGGGAGCUGAAGUUGGAAGAGGCUUCCCGGCAGCUCUGCGGUCAGCAGCUGAGCGGAGGAGCGUCGGACAUUGGCCGUGGCCCCCAGAGGCCGGACGCUCGGCUCCUUCGUAGCCAGAGCACCUUCCAGCUCUCCAGCGAGCCAGAGAGGGAGCCCGAGUGGCGGGACAGGCCGGGUUCACCCGAGUCGCCCCUGCUGGAUGCCCCCUUCAGCCGCGCCUACCGGAACAGCAUCAAGGACGCACAGUCCCGUGUCUUGGGGGCCACCUCCUUUCGACGUCGGGACCUGGAGCUGGGGGCGCCCGUGGCGUCGAGGUCCUGGCGGCCUCGACCUUCCUCGGCCCACGUGGGGCUGCGGAGUCCCGAGGCGCCGACCUCCGCCUCCCCGCACACGCCCCGGGAGCGGCACAGCGUGACCCCCGCCGAGGGCGACCUGGCCAGGCCCGUGGCCCCUGCCUCCCGGAGAGGGGCUCGCCGGCGCCUGACUCCCGAGCAGAAGAAGCGCUCCUACUCGGAGCCCGAGAAGAUGAACGAGGUGGGGGUCGUGGAGGAGGCCGAACCGGCACCCCUGGGCCCGCAGAGAAAUGGAAUGCGUUUCCCAGAAAGCAGCGUGGCCGACCGGCGCCGUCUCUUUGAGCGCGAUGGCAAGGCCUGCUCCACGCUCAGCCUGUCGGGGCCCGAGCUGAAGCAGUUCCAGCAGAGCGCCCUGGCCGACUACAUCCAGCGCAAGACCGGCAAGCGGCCUACCUCCGCCGCCGGCUGCAGCCUCCAGGAGCCCGGGCCACUGCGCGAGCGCGCCCAGAGUGCCUACCUCCAGCCCGGCCCCGCGGCGCUCGAGGGCUCCGGCCUCGCCUCGGCCUCCAGCUUGAGCUCGCUGCGGGAGCCCAGCCUGCAGCCCCGCAGGGAGGCCACUCUCCUGCCGGCCACAGUUGCAGAAACCCCGCAGGCUCCCCGAGAUCGUAGCAGCUCCUUCGCCGGUGGCCGCCGCCUCGGGGAACGGCAACGCGGGGACCUGCUUAGCGGAGCAAACGGUGGAACAAGGGGCACCCAGAGAGUGGAUGAGACCCCCAGGGAGCCAUCCUCCUGGGGGGCCAGGGCCGGGAAGUCCAUGUCGGCCGAGGACCUGCUGGAACGUUCGGACGUCCUCGCGGGCCCUGUCCACGUGAGGUCCAGAUCAUCUCCCGCCACCGCAGACAAGCGCCAGGAUGUGCUUUUGGGGCAAGACAAUGGCUUUGGUCUUGUGAAGGAUCCAUGUUAUUUGGCUGGUCCUGGAUCUAGGUCACUCAGUUGUUCAGAAAGAGGCCAAGAAGAGAUGCCACAGCUCUUCCACCAUCUCACCCCUCGUUGGGGUGGUUCAGGCUGCAAAGCCAUUGGUGAUUCCUCCAUUCCUAGUGAAUGUCCUGGAACCCCGGACCAUCAGAGGCAAGCCAGCAGGACACCUUGCCCCAGGCCACCACUGGCAGGAACGCAAGGGCAGCUCACAGACACCAGGGCUGCACCCCUGACCCCACUUGGCACCCCUCUGCCUUCAGCUGUUCCCUCUGGCUACUGCUCACAGGACGGUCAGACGGGGCGACAGCCUCUCUCGCCCUACACCCCUGCCAUGACCCACAGAAGCAAUGCUCACACCCUGACCCAGCCUCCCGGUCCAAGAGGCUGUGAGGGCGAUGGCCCAGAGCAUGGGGUAGAAGAGGGAACGAGGAAGAGGGUCUCGCUGCCUCAGUGGCCACCUCCUUCUCAAGCAAAGUGGGCCCACGCAGCCAGAGAGGACAGCCUUCCUGAGGAAUCCUCAGCCCCUGAUUUUGCAAACCUGAAGCACUAUCAAAAACAGCAGAGUCUUCCAAGUUUAUGCAGCACUUCUGACCCAGACACACCUCCUGGGGCCCCGAGCACUCCAGGGAGGAUCUCCCUCCGAAUAUCUGAGUCCGUCCUGCGGGACUCCCCGCCACCUCGCGAGGAUUAUGAAGAUGAAGUGUUUGUGAGGGAUCCGCACCCCAAGGCCACGCCCAGCCCCACAUUUGAACCUCCUCCCCCACCCCCACCUCCUCCACCGAGUCAGGAAACCCCGGUGUAUAGCAUGGAGAACUUCCCUCCACCUCCUCCCCACACUGUGUGUGAGGCGCAGCUGGACAGUGAGGAUCCCGAGGGGCCGCACUCCAGCUCCAACAAACUUUCUAAAGUGACAAUUGCAAGGGAAAGGCACAUGCCUGGUGCAGCCCAUGUGGUAGGUAGUCAGACACUGGCUUCCAGACUCCAAACUUCUAUCAAGGGUUCAGAGGCUGAGUCCACACCACCCUCCUUCAUGAGUGUUCACCCCCAACUUGCUGGGUCUCUUGGUGGGCAGCCAGCACACAUCCAAACUCAAAGCCUCACCCAUGAUCCAGUCAAUGGAACUCAGGGUUUAGAAAAGAAAGUCAGUUCUGAUCCUCAGAAGAGUUCAGAAGACAUUAGAACCGAGGCUUUGGCCAAGGAAAUUGUCCACCAAGACAAAUCUCUAGCAGACAUUUUGGACCCAGACUCCAGGCUGAAGACAACAAUGGACCUGAUGGAAGGUUUGUUUCCCCGAGAUGUGAACUUGCUGAAGGAAAACAGUGUAAAGAGGAAGGCCAUACAGAGAACUGUCAGCUCUUCAGGAUGUCAAGGCAAGAGGAAUGAAGACAAGGAAGCAGUGAGCAUGUUGGUUAACUGCCCUGCCUACUACAGUGUGUCUGCUCCCAAGGCUGAGCUACUGAACAAAAUCAAAGAGAUGCCGGCAGAAGUGAAUGAGGAAGAGGAACAGGCAGAUGUCAAUGAAAAGAAGGCUGAGCUCAUUGGAAGCCUCACUCACAAGCUGGAGACCCUCCAGGAGGCGAAGGGGAGCCUGCUCAUGGACAUCAAGCUCAACAACGCCCUGGGAGAAGAGGUGGAGGCUCUGAUCAGUGAGCUGUGCAAGCCUAAUGAGUUUGACAAGUAUAGGAUGUUCAUAGGGGAUUUGGACAAGGUGGUCAACCUGCUGCUCUCCCUCUCGGGGCGUCUAGCCCGUGUUGAGAAUGUCCUUAGCGGCCUUGGUGAAGAUGCCAGUAAUGAAGAAAGGAGCUCUCUGUAUGAGAAAAGGAAGAUCCUGGCUGGUCAGCAUGAGGACGCCCGGGAGCUGAAGGAGAACCUGGAUCGCAGGGAGCGGGUAGUGCUGGGCAUCUUGGCCAAUUACCUUUCAGAGGAGCAGCUCCAGGACUACCAGCACUUCGUGAAAAUGAAGUCCACGCUCCUCAUUGAGCAGCGGAAGCUGGAUGACAAGAUCAAGCUGGGCCAGGAGCAGGUCAAGUGUCUGCUGGAGAGCCUGCCUUCAGAUUUCAUUCCCAAGGCUGGGGCCCUGGCUCUGCCCCCAGACCUCACGAGUGAGCCCACUCCUGCUGGGGGCUGUACUUUCAGUGGUAUUUUCCCAACAUUAACCUCUCCACUUUAACCUCUUCUAAAAUACCCAACCAAAAGAUCACUGUUUCUCUCAACACUAUUUAAUCUGAAAAAUGUUUCAGUACAAACCACUGUUUGAACUAUCUGGGUUAUUGGUGUUUGUUCUUGAUGAAAGGAAAAAAAUUCUCUCCAGGAGGAAGCCUUUUUCCUUCUUGCCCUUCCUGAUUGAUCUUCUGAGAGCUCGAAUGCUGCUGGACACGUACCCCUUUCUAUUAUUACUUUGUAGUAGAAAGAAAGUUAAUGAAACUGAGAACUGAUUGGAGCGUGUUUGAUCAUUGAGUUUUUAACAGGCUGAGGCAACAUGGAUCAGUGUGUGUCCCCCUCAGGAAUGUAUCCACAGUGGCCUUCCUUGCUGGUGGGCAGUGUAUCCUGAUGGCAGGGUACAAGUACCAUUAAUGAAGGGUCUGCAACAUAAAGCCUUAAAAAGACACACACUAAGAAAACUGUAAAACCUUGAACAUUGUUAUUUAUAUUUUUUAAAAUGGAAAAGAUCAUUAUGUUUGUUGUGCUAACCACUUAUUUGAUUCUGUUUUGUGGUGGACGUAGACGAUUACGUUUCAGCUUUGUAUUUUGUGAAAACCUUAAUGAAAUGAAUUCCAAAGAUAGUCACGUUGAGCGUGAAGACUUUUUUUCUUAUAUUCCUGUCUUAUUUUUACAAACACGAGCAGGCAUUCUGCACUUCCACUGGACUGAGUGUGGGGGAGUCCUGCUCCCCUGCUCUUCUCCUGUCUCACACCUUCCCCAGGAAGAAGGCCUCAUGCACUGCAGUUAUUGCAUCAUUUCCUAGUGCUUCAUGUCAUUAUCACUGGUGGGGAAACAAAGCUAAAUUUUAACAAAGACAACUCUCAGACCUAUAUAAUAGGAGGAGGACGUCCAGAAUCCAACAAAAUUCAAAACGGAGCCCAUGCUGUUCUCCUGAACAAGAUUUGGGCUAAAUACGGCCUGUUUAUUGAGGCUGUUUUAAUGAUGCUUUAAAAAAAAAAAUGUUUUCUAAAAUGUCAAACCUGUUGACCACACUUCAAUUAAAAACUCCCUCCUUAACCUCUGAAGACUGAUUUUGCUUUAUCGUGUUUCAAUAAUAACAUUUCAGAGGUUACUCUGUAGCCCCAGUUGUAAGCUUAUAAAAACAAACUGGAAGGCUGAGGAGGUUAUGGGCUGGCAGCCAGGCUAUGUUUACAGCUGCUGGAGAUGGCAGUAGCCUAAUACUUUGAGCAGGUGGUACAUCCCAGGCUGUGCUAUAGUAGAUUUGUUUUUUCACAUUUGAUCUGUGGCUGGUGGCCACCUUUGUUGAUUUGGGCUUACGAGUUUCAUAGUAGCCAGUCUUAGAAAAUUGGGGGAGUAAAAUUUUGAAGUAAAAAAAAAAACAUGACAAGGGUACCAAAUGCUCCUUCUCCCCUUAGUACACUUUAAUUACUUAAUGAAGUUUUAUCUCCUAUGUAAGAAUAUCAAAAUUGUAGUUUGGGUCUCCAGUAGAGAUGUCUUUUGAUUAACUUAUAAACAACUGGCCACCCAGAAGUUUCCUUUGCAUAGUCAACCAAAGCUAUGGCUUUGUUCUUUGGAGCUUAUGUACUGCAUGACUCCAUUGAUACAAAUAAGACAGCACCUUGGUUUCCCAGGGAUGUUUUCAUUCAGAGGUCCUGUCUCCCAGGGAAGCAGUAGAACCAGUGACAGCAUUCAACAGCCACACUGCAUGGUCAUCAGUCUUAGGCCAACAUGGGAGCCUGAAAUUAACUCCAUCAGUAACUACCUGUGUGUCUUGCUGAUAGUGAAUGAGCCCUCACGAGCCAAGCCAGGUGGAAGCCAGCCAGCAAACGUCUACAGCUAUUCUUAGUGAAAUUCCUCAGAGGAAUCCAGGGGGCUCCCAGUUCCCAACACUCUUCGAGAUGACUAUUUUUCAGGAUUUGACUGGGGAACAUUUUACAUAUUCAGUCUUUCUCAAAAACUUUUAUUUAUUUUCUUGAGAAAGGGUCUUACUAUGUUGCCCAGGCUGGAGUGCAGUGGUGCAAUCACAGCUCAUUGCAGUCUCAACCUCUGAGGCUCAAACCAUGCGCCCAUCUCAGCCUCCCGAGUAGCUGGGACCACAGGUGUGCACCACUAUGCUUGGCUAAUUUUUUGAUUUUUUGUAGAGACGGGAGUCUCACUAUGUUGCCCAGGCUGGUUUCAAACUCCUGGGCUCAAGGGAUCCUCCCACUUUGGCCCCAGAAGUGCUGGGAUUACAGGCAUGAGCCACUUCACCCAGCCACUUCUAAUUUAUAGACAUAAAAGUAAUUGACUCCCACAGCACAGUAACAGGCAAUGUUGCUUGGCAUGCCACAAACAUCUGAAAGCUUGUGACACUCCUAGGAUUGUGUCCAUUCUUUCAUUACAUGGAAACUUUGUUCUGUUAUGUGAAAUGGGUAAGGCACCAAGUGAGACUUUGAAAUCUAAUUUUUAGGUGGAUGCGAUAUUUAUUGUAAUAGGAUUUGACCUCUGUACUUUAAAGAAAUCACUAACCAAAUUUUCAAAGUUUCCUUUUAAAUGCAUUUAGCUAGAAGUCUAUGUAUUUAUCCCUUUCCUAUUUUGCAUUCUUCUCCCACUAUUUUUAAAAACUCAUUUACAGUAGAAACCAUCCUUCUUUCCCCCAACAGUAUCCUUUGCCAAGACCAUGAGAACAGUCAGGAGCAUGUUGUUGGUCAGGGUUUCAGAACACGUGUGAGGUCGCUGAGAAUGUUUGCUCACAGUCAAUAAUUGUCUCUGUGGAUGUGAUAAUUUUGGAGAUACACUUCUGGUCAGAAGUCAGGUGAGAUAAUCUUGCAAUACUCCAAAUGAAGAUACUCCAGCCACCUGCAAGCUUCCAGGACAGGACAAUGUCCUGUAAGAAAAUCAGGAGGCCUCCACUUCCUGGGCCACUUGAGAAGUUCCUGGGCGUGUCACUACAUGUUGGUUGACUCAGCCAUUUCUCAUGCUGUUCAUUUCUUGCGGUGGCCACUUAACCCCAAAGAAUGAAGGGAGGAUCCACAGUGAAAGUGCCUGAGUUUCUCUACAAGACGAGACGCUGUCGAAACCAAACAUCUUUUCCUUUGCUCUAGGGAAACAUUUUAGGGUUUGUUUUGCACAGCUGGUUUCCAGACUAGAAGAUUAACGAGUUUGGGUCCACCCCUAAGAAUCAGUGGUUGUCUUUUAAGGUGAGGAGUGUGGGCUUAACUGAGGUCCUUUGAGGGAGCUAUAAAGGAGAAACAGCCUGGGACAUCCCAGUUUUCCUAUUCCUCCACUGUUAAUAUCUCAUCUAAAAUAAUUCAUGAGUUUAAAUGGUAAAUAUAUGCUUUAAGCUCUACCUUUAAACUUGUAUGUUAUUCAGGCAUCUCUUAUUAAGAUACUGGGUCUCUGGAUACCCAAGGAAAUGUUGACUUUUUAUUCUUAUGUGGUUCCAAAUUUACUUCUCUUCAGUUUGUCCAUGGUAGUGCUGGCUUCAUUGUUAGGUUGGAGUUAUUACUUUCCUUUUAGAACAACAUGAGUUUUAUUCACCUUACUAUUAGAAAAAGGAAGAACUACAGCCAGAAAUAACUUCAUUUCCUACAAGCUAUAAAAAGUGGUCAGGUGAAUGUGAAGGGGCUCUUCUACACAGGAAUAGAUUAUUGGGAACAAAGUAUUUCCUGCUGCCUUAACUCUUUGGGAUGCAUAGGAUAAAAUUAUAAAGACCAUUUUAAUAUCAGAAAGGGUUGUCUUAUUAAUUUUUAAAUAAAACUUCACAUUUCUUAAUGGGGAGCUCAUUCCGAAACUAAAUCAUGGUUUCUCAAAGUGUGGUCAGGAUACGAUCUGCAUCAGAAUCCUUGGAAUGCUUGUUAAAAAUACCAAUUGCUAUGACAUAACCAAGUCUGCUGGAAUCUGCAUUUCAGCAAGUUUCCCAUGUUAUUCUGAUGUAUUUUAACAUUUGAGAGCCACUGCCAAUCAUCUGUACAGUUCCUACUGUUAUGAUCACAAUAAGACUAACAUGAAUUUAAUAAUCUGAAUAAUUUUUAAAAUUUAAAUAAAAACAGAAAUUGAAGUUAAAUUUAAAAAUAAAAAUAACCUCAGAA